AUGGCUCGAAUUCUGCUCCUCGCUCCUUUUCUUUCAUCCGCCUUCGCUCUGUUACCAACAUGUUACUAUCCAUCAGGAGUAACUGAACCCAAUCACGUUCCUUGCAAUCAAACAAUCACUGGAUUUUCAGCAUGUUGCGAUCCUCUUGAUUCUUGCUCAACAAGCGGUAUCUGCUUAGGAAGAUCAGGAUGGGAUUAUCGAGGAUCAUGCACAGAUGAGACCUGGGAUUCUGCGAAUUGUGCCGCGAAACAAUGGCCUCAAUGUAUAACAGACCCUUCUACGAACGAUGAAUAUGACAGCUGGACAGCAAUCUGGUCCUGUUCCCCGAUCGGCACAGCACAGGGAGAACAAUGCUGUGGCUAUGGCAAUGGUUCAUCGUGCUGUGAUUCUAAAUUCGAGCUGGGAGUCACUGGUCCUUCCUUUAAACCCGGCUACGAUGCUCUGAUCCAGAACCUCACAAGUGGUACCGUCAACGCAUCAAGUAUCCCUUCCCAAAAAUCAAAUUGUACGAACACAAACACCACCUCUACACAAUCUUGCGGGAACGGAGACUUAGGAACGAAAGUCGGUGUUGGAGUCGGUAUUCCGCUGGGAGUCUUGGUAGCAGGUCUACUUAGCUUCCUAUUUUAUCGCGAAUUCAAGAAGGGAAAACAGACGAAAGGGGUUGCGGCUCCUGUGCCGAAUCACGAGUAUUACAGUCCGAUGGCUCAGCAGCAUGUUCCGAAUUAUACGAGUGGGUAUGCGCAGAAUCAACAGCCAGCAGCUUAUUCGCCGAAUGUUCCAAAGCCGAAUCCAUAUAGCCCGGCAGCUGCAGCGCCUGUUUAUGAAGCGCCGACUGCGAAUGGGGUUCAUGAGUUGGGGGGAAGGUAG